CCGGACGCAAGAUUCACCAAUCACCACCUCUCGAGCGGGCGGCGCCUCGCGGCUGCAUCUACAAAUGCGGCGCCACCCCGGCGAACACAGCCGCGCCACGGCUUCCGCUUCCGCUUACGCUCCUCCUCUUCCCCUUCUCCGACCUCCGCUACGGCGAGCUGCACACUGUUAGGCAGGUGACUACUGUUUGUUUGCCCACAUCUCUCGCGCCAACUUUUUGACUGCUUUGCCCAUGACUGUCUUGGUUUCUCGUCUUCUCCUUUUCCUUUGGUCCAAUUCGUGCGCGCGCAUGAGCUCUGGCCUCUGGGGGGACACACACCGGCCGGCCCCAGUCAGGGGGAUAACAGCGUCUGUGUAGUCGUUUCGUCGAACACUUGCCGCUCGCCCGCGGUGGCUCUGCUUCGGAGAGGAAAGGGUGAUGGCAAUGGCAUGCUUUUCUGCGAGCACCAAGGUUUCGCUCAAGUUCGGAGCUAAGGCGUUCGCGAAGAACCGCUUGCCUGGCUACCUGGACUCUGUGGUAUCUUUUCCUGUUUCUCGGACAUUGGAUGGUGGUCUUUGUUCUCCCAUCAGGGUGGAGAAUGAGAAUCGCGCCUAUGGUUCAAACGUGAUUGUUGGGGCUCUCAAGGGCAGACACCUCAACACAACACUCUCUUCGACUAAUGGUCACGUGAAGGUUCCUGAAGAGAGGGUAACUGUACUGGUCAUUGGUGGAGGAGGUAGGGAACAUGCUCUUUGUUAUGCCUUGGAACGCUCUCCGUCUUGUGAUGCAGUUUUCUGUGCUCCUGGUAAUUCUGGCAUUGCUCAGUCUGGAGAUGCCACAUGUAUACCGGACAUGGACAUAACAAAUAGUGAAAAUGUCAUCUCAUUCUGUCGUAAUUGGGGUGUUGGAUUAGUCGUAGUUGGACCUGAAGCACCUCUUGUUGCUGGUCUUGCAAAUGACCUUGUCAAAGCUGGAAUUCCUACUUUUGGUCCUUCAUCAGAGGCUGCAGCAUUAGAAGGAUCAAAGGAUUUCAUGAAGAAACUAUGUGAUAAGUACAACAUUCCCACAGCAAAGUAUCAAACAUUCACAAACCCUGCUGAUGCUAAACAAUAUGUAAAGGAUCAAGAAGCCCCCAUAGUUGUUAAAGCUGAUGGAUUGGCUGCUGGGAAGGGUGUAGUCGUUGCUAUGACUUUAGAUGAGGCGUUUGAAGCCAUAGACACUAUGCUGAUAGAAGGCUCUUUUGGUUCUGCUGGAUCACGUGUCAUCAUUGAAGAAUUUUUAGAGGGAGAAGAAGCUUCUUUCUUUGCAUUAGUAGAUGGAGAAACUGCUUUGCCUCUUGAAUCGGCCCAGGACCAUAAAAGAGUUGGUGAUGGUGAUGUUGGUCCAAAUACAGGUGGUAUGGGUGCAUACUCGCCAGCUCCAAUAGUGACAGAAGAACUGAAGGAAAAAGUAAUGGAAAGUAUAAUCCUCCCUACUGUUAAAGGUAUGGCAGCUGAAGGAUGUAAAUUUGUUGGUGUGUUAUAUGCUGGGCUUAUGAUUGAGAAGAAGUCAGGGCUUCCUAAGCUUAUUGAAUAUAAUGUACGAUUUGGAGAUCCAGAAUGCCAGGUUCUGAUGAUGAGGUUAGAGUCCGACUUGGCACAGGUUCUGCUUGCUGCUUGUCGGGGAGAACUAGGCAAGGUUUCGCUAAACUGGUCGCCUGAGUUGGCAACAGUUGUUGUGAUGGCAAGUGAAGGCUAUCCUGGGCCUUACAAGAAGGGGACUGUAAUAAAAAAUAUUGAUGAAGCCGAGCAGGUUUCUCCUGCAGUAAAGAUAUUCCAUGCAGGAACAGCCUUUGAUACAGAUGGAAACUUUGUAGCAGCUGGAGGCCGUGUGCUCGGUGUUACUGCAAAGGGCAAGGACAUUGAGGAAGCAAGGGCUAAAGUGUAUGAUGCGCUUGACGUUGUUGACUGGCCAGAAGGAUUCUACAGGCAUGACAUUGGUUGGAGGGCACUCAAAUAUUGCCAUUUGGCUGCACACUGAUGACAAGAGUCCCCCGAAUCUCUGUAAUUAUGUCGGGUUUGCAAUGGUAAGGCAAGCAUAAGAAUUUGUCGCAAUAGAUGCUGUUAGCCUUGUGGGUCAGUGGGUGCAAGAAGAUUGAGUAUGGAAGUAUAACUUGCGUGGAGCAGUUCCUUGACCGGGGAACAGCUGAUGUUUGGAGAGUAGUUUUUGUUUUUUUAAGCUUAUAUACUUAUAUAUGAGUACCACUUCUGGUAUUUAUCACUUAUUAGUAAGGAACAAAUCCUUUGUAUGCAGCA